AGAUUCCCCCAGGAUAUCCAUUCCAGUCCCUGCCUCCCUCAUUCGGAAGACACUAUCCCUACCUCCUCCAGCCCACCGCAGCAUCUGAUGCGGAUGGCCUGGCUCCUGACGUCCCACUGCCCGCCGAAGGCUCUGAGCACAUGGAGCUUUCCCCAGAGGUCAAACCCAUCCACCUGUCUCCGUCCAAAAUGCUGGAGCCCAUCCAAGCAGCAGCAGAAGAGGAGUCCUUGGAAGAGAGGGUGAAAUCAGAGGUGCAGAUAGAGGAAAACCAAGAAGACAUCUGCGAGCAGGACAUGGGGACAAUGAACAUCGCCACCUCCGCAGCCGUCCCAGUGCAGAAUGUGGACAAUUGCAACCUCCUGCUGCACCAAGGGGAAGCCCUGGGUGCAAUGGAGCAGGACCAGGAAGACCUCCAGAGCUGCCCACCUCCUUACCAGGUUCCGGCCUGCCCUGCAGAAGCAGAGGCUCAGGCCGAGAGUGGGAGCGGAGCAGAAACCUGCUCGGUGCACAUGGACUACGAUGGUUCGCUGGUGCACACAGAGGCCAAGCCACCUGAGAUAGACCUGACGCCCCAGCGGGAGGAGGCCUCUGUAGCCAUGGACCUGCAGAGCGCUGAUGUGCCCCGGGGGAGGGAGUUUCCCACCCUUGCCCCUGAGGAGGAGGUGGAGGAGGAAGAACAGGGGACAGAGAUCCCUUCCUACACAGAAGAGGCAAUCUCUUGCCAAAUCCCAGCUCUGGACAUCAAGCCGGGCGACCCACUGGCUGGGAUGAACGCCUUGGUGGCUGCUACAGAAAUGCCUCAGGCUUGUUCCUUGUUGACUACCAGCAGCAUCACUCCGUCCCAGGUGAAGGUAGAGGUGUUACCUGAGCAGGCCUUGGAACACUCCUUCCUGCAGGGGAUCACUUUGCUGAGUGAAAUUGCAGAGAUGGAGCUGGAGAAGCGGAAGCAAGAAAUGCAAAGUCCAGAGAGUUUCCCUGUCCGGCCAACGCUGGAGAGUUUGCUGGCUGCCAGCACCCACAUGCUCAUGGAAGUACUUUCCACCCCCUUCAUGGAAAGUCUGAAAACCAUCCGGCUGCCUCGAGAGCUGAAUCCCAACAAAAAGUACAGCUGGAUGCAGAAGAAAGAUGAACCCAUGUACUCCAUCAAAUCGGCCAUCGAGAACAUGGAUGCGAUGGAGCUGGACUACAGGAUGAGGCUGGCGGAGCUGCAGCGCCGGUACAAGGAGAAGCAGCGGGAGCUGGUGAAGCUGCAGCGCCGCAGGGACUCCGAGGAAAAGCAUGACGAGAAAAGUAGAAGCUUGGCGAGAAGAGGCCCUGGAAGGCCCAGGAAGAGGAAACUUGGAUCAAGCGCUCUGUCACCCAUUAAGGAGAGAGGGAAGAGUGACAGCAAGAGUGGAAAACUGAGUAAGUCCUUGUUGCUCUCCGAAGACUCCGAGACUGGCGAGGGCAUGAAGAAGAGGCACAAAGGGGCCCUCCCGGAGGAGGACGAGGAUGUGGAGAGCGGCAGUGGCAAGAUGAAAGGGAGGAACCAGAGCUGGGAAGAGCACGACACGGCUCCCAACUUCUCAAAUGAGUUAAAGCUCAAAAAGAAGAAGGUGCCAUCGGAUCAGGAGCAACUGGCCAGCAAGCUUGACAAGGCCCUGUCGCUCACCAAACAGGACAAGCUCAAAUCCCCCUUCAAGUUUGCUGACAGCUCUGGAGGGAAGCCGAAAACCAGUGGAGGUGGCAGCAGGUACCUCCCAGCCCAUGAGGCUCUGCCAAGCAAGGAGGAAAAGAAAAGCCUGGCCAAGAACCUGGGCCUGUCGCUGAAAGCCACCAAGGAAGGUAAAAACAAAGUGGCUGCCAAAAUGAAGAAGAUGGAGGUGGGGUUAAAAGUCAAAAAUCAGCUCAAAGUGUCCCAUUCACCAGCAAUAUCAGAAGUUAGCAGCUACUCCUAUAGUAAGUAA